AUUUGGACCCAUGCUGCUUUGCUUGCGGGGAAACGGGUGAAGUUGGGUCUCCCAGUUUCAUUCGACGAAGAGGUUCUGGCCCACUCUGGCCCGGGGUUCGGGACGUGAAGCCGAGCGAUGGGUCCCGGUCGCAGCCUAUCCUCGGGAAUCACAGGGUCUGUGAAGGGAGGUAACUGAGGCCGAACGCAGACUUGGGGUUUUCUUGUAGUCUUGUAGAACACAGUGAGAAUUUGUUUUGGCUUUUGUUAGCGGGUCUCGCUAUGCAGCUCAGGCUGACCUCAAGGUGUUGGAAACUGCUGUGUGCUCUCCGUCAUGAGAGGUUCCACACUGCUGCACAGCACUGCAAGGGCCGGACAGGCACUGAGCACCUGUGGCUGAUGCGACAUUUAAAGGACCCCUAUGUGAAAGCUGCCAAGGUGGAAUGUUACCGCUGUCGGAGUGCCUUCAAACUCCUGGAGAUCAACAAGAAGCACAAGAUUCUACGACCUGGCCUCCGGGUGUUGGACUGUGGGGCAGCUCCUGGGGCUUGGAGUCAGGUGGCAGUGCCGAGGGUCAAUGCCACAGGUACAGAUCCCAGCUCUCCUGUUGGCUUUGUGCUUGGGGUAGAUCUUCUUCACAUCCACCCUCUGGAAGGAGCAACUUUUCUGUGCCCUGCUGAUGUGACUAACCCUAAGACUUUCCAGAGAAUCAUGGAGCUGCUUCCUGGUGGGAAGGCAGAUGUGAUUCUCAGCGACAUGGCACCCAAUGCCACAGGGAUCCGGGACCUUGAUCAUGACAGGCUCAUCAGCAUGUGUCUGACCCUUCUGGACAUGGCUCCAGACAUUCUGCACCCUGGUGGAACGUUGCUUUGUAAAAUUUGGGCUGGAAGUCGGAGCCAUUGGUUACAGAAGAGACUGACUGAGGAGUUCCAGAGCACAAGAAAUAUAAAACCUGAGGCCAGCAGGAAAGAGUCAUCAGAGGUCUACUUCCUGGCCACCCAGUACCGCAGAAGGAAGAGCUCUGUGAAGCAGUGAACUUUCCUGCCACUGUUACAGAUCUUUUAUGCUAAGUUUCUGUCUUUCAUGGGUACUGGGUCCUUUUGAACUUCAAGUAGAGCUUGGAUGUUUUCUUGAGUAGCUGAGAUUAGAGUUUAGUCUGAGAGAUGAGUAGGACCAUGGGGAGCCAGUUUGGUUUUCAAAAUGGAAAAGAUAUGACAAAAUACCUAAGGGGGAUGAAAGAUUGAAAUUUAAAACACCAAUGUUUCGUACCAUGAUUUUGUUGUUGUUGAGGCAGGGUCUCACUAUGCAGUUCAGGCUGGCCUUGUGCUCAUUUUGAGCUCAGGAUGGUCUCGAACUUGCAAUGAUCCUCCUGCCUCAGCCUUCCGAGUGCUGAGAUUAUAGGUGUGUGCCACUAUAUGUAUAUAUCAUGAUUUUUGAGGAGAAAGUUAUCAGAAAAAUAGGUGGAGAUUGAAGGAUGUAAAGAGGCAGACGGAAGGGAGGAUUAAAACAGAUUGAGGCAGUGAUGAACAUUCCCACAUAGGCCUUUAUGGAGCUCCUCAGCUUACCGAACAUUCAUUGAUGGUGAACCUUUUACAGCUUUCAGUGAUGCAAACAGCACACUGUGGCAUGGGUUCACCACCACUGUUGAAGAUUAGCAUGUUACACAGGAAUGGUGUUCAUCUUGCUUUCAGAACACAGUAUAUAGAUUUGAGGUUAUUGUAGCUAAACUGCAUAAAUAAAAAAAAUACCCUGGAGUUUUCAUCUGGGAGUUGAUUACCAUCUCUGGUGAAUAAUCUGGAAAUACAUCCAUUCUUCCAGCACAGAGUUCCUAGGCUUUUAGAGGAGACAUUUGGUAUGAAUGCAUGCGCGGGGUGUGUGCACGUGCUAUGCUCUGUGCUCUGAUUUGCUGGGAUUAUAUGUAAUACUCCAGUCUUCCAAGACCAUAAAGGUAUCUACAAGAACAA